AUGCACGACUACAUCAAGCGAGUACAAGCCGUGAUAUGGAACCGCGUCGUGCUCGAGGGCGCGGCCGGACACGACGUGCACGAGGAUGCGCUCGUCGGCAUUGGGCCUCCUCUGACAGAAAAGGACGAUCUGGUGUGCAUUCUUUUUGGCUGCAGCGUGCCAUGCAUCCUCCGCCCUUUGGUGUCAGUCGACUUGGAGCCGAACCAGGGGAAGAAGAGCCGCAAGCCCUAUGCUGGAGAGAAACUUGACUACUACGAGUUCGUUGGCGAGGCUUUUGUUUAUGGCAAGAUGGAUGGUCAGGCUAUGGAGAGUAUCAGCGCCGAUGAGCUCACAGACAAAACGCAAGAUUUUCGGUUGAUGUGA